AUGUCUACCUUAAACAAGUCACUCAUCAUCUUGGCAGUUUUGGCCGCUUAUAUCGCAGUGUCGGUAUUUGCUGUAAAUGAAAGGACCCCCAGUGAUCAGGUCUGCCAACUAUCCAAAAAACCACCGGCAGAUGGAACUCAAAACCGUAACGGUUCAUGUGUCCAAACAGUUUUGGGAGAAAUUCCAGAUGUUGACCACAUGAUUUCAACCUUAAUCCGCUUCCCGGUGAAUAACGAUGUUAUCUGCGAAAACGAAGCAUUCACGUUGCAAACCGAAACGAUCAAUUUGCUCACCGGAUUCUUUGACGAUCCCGUAAAUGAAUAUUAUAUCUUCCCACAAACCCUUAAUGACGACUCGGGAAUUAUUCAAGGACAUUCUCACAUAACUGUUCAAAAACUUAACGGCAACGAUAUUCCUGAUCCAAGAAUUUUCGCUUUCUUCAAAGGUUUGAACGACGUAGCAGUUAACGGAAUCUUAUCAGUAUUAGUCGAAAAAGGUUUACCAGCUGGAAAUUACCGUGCUUGCACCAUGGUUUCUUCAUUCGCUCAUCAAUGUGUCUUGAUGCCUGUUGCUCAACGAG